GGCAGCCCCGCGCGGGGUCCUUCCUCGGUGAGGCGGCAAGAUGGCGGCCGCGCGGCGUCUGGGGGCGGCACUGGGGGGCCGCUUUUGUCAUUUGGGAUUAAAGAGCACUAAUGUAUCAGUUAAACAACACCAGCAUUUUGUUAUACCACAGAAGUCUUUCCUGUUCCCUGCAGUGCCACAGAUGUCAGUGAGGUCUAUAUUUAUUCAGACGCAGGACACUCCAAAUCCAAACAGCUUGAAGUUUAUUCCAGGAAAACCAGUCCUGGAAUCCAGAACAAUGGAAUUCGUAUCACCUGCUUCCACCUACUGUUCUCCUUUAGCGAGACAGCUCUUUCGGAUUGAAGGCGUUAAAAGCGUGUUUUUUGGAACAGACUUCAUCACUGUCACAAAGGAAAGUGAGGAUGUGGAUUGGAACUUAAUAAAACCUGAUAUCUACGCAACUAUUAUGGAUUUCUAUGCUUCAGGCUUGCCCAUCGUUACAGAAGAGGCUCCUCGUACAGACACAGCGCCAUCGGAAGAAGAUGAUGAAGUCGUAUUAAUGAUAAAGGAGCUGCUGGAUACCAGAAUCAGGCCAACGGUCCAGGAAGAUGGAGGAGAUGUCAUCUUUAAGGGCUUUGAAGAUGGGAUUGUGCAGUUAAAACUGCAGGGUUCCUGCACCAGCUGUCCCAGUUCCAUUGUCACAUUAAAGAAUGGAAUACAAAACAUGCUGCAGUUCUAUAUUCCAGAGGUGGAGGGUGUGGAACAGGUUGUCGAUGAUAACGAAGAAAAAGAAGUGAAGUCAACCUGAACUGGGGAAAGCCCUGGACUGUGAGCAGAAAUUAUGUACCCAGCGGGCUUGUCUAAAUUGGCCACUUUGUAUAGAAGAAAAAUGGCUGUUUCUUCAUUGGGCUGAUUCUACCUUUGCUUCAUGAUAUAAGGAAACAAGCAAAUAAUAUUAUUUAAAGAGCGUUGUCCAUUUCUGCUUUACAUAAACUAAGAGAGGAAAACACACAGAGUUAGAAUGUCCUUAACAUUUUAUAAAAUAUUUUUCUUCUCCCUUGGAUUUAAGUAUUUUCUCAAGAAUCUACAAUUGUCUUCCUGAAUCUCCACCAUCUAUUUCCUUAGCAGGCUUUUGGUCAUUCAUGCUAUACGCUAGUCAUUUGCUGGA